UCUAUCAACUGUGCCUCAACACACUUGACUCGCGGCUGUUUACUAUCAGAAGACAGCACAGAAUGGGGAGCCCCGCAUGAGCAGAACAGAUAGCCUAAACCCUCAUCUAUCCUGAGUCUCGGCUGAGGAGGAACACAACGUUGUGACUGUUCUGUUGUGUGGUGGUCAUGCAGCACCCUAACUUCGAGACCCACCACCCUCUCCAGCCUGAUGGAGAGCAGGAGCCUGGCUUUGACCCCCUCCACAACUUCAACAAGAACCACAGCCGUGGAGGAUCUCUGGAUAGUAGCAGGUUGUCUUACUCAGAGUCUGAGUCCACCUUCCUUUCCUACAGGAAAGAAUGGGAUGACUUGUUCCUGAACAGUAAUUAUCUGGCCAGGAUUCGGCAGGCAGGCAUCGGCGGCCGAUUGCGGAGCAGCCGAUUCCGCAGUGUGUGCUGGAAGUUGUACCUGGAGGUCCUUCCUGAGGAUAAGAGCCAAUGGCUCAACAAGACCAAGGAGCUGCGAGCCCAGUAUGAGAAGAUCAAAGAGACUCACAUCACCAACCCCCGUAAAGCUGCAGGCCAGCAGGACCUGGUGGUCAACAAUCCACUCUCGCAGGACGAGGGGAGCCUGUGGAACAAGUUCUUCCAGGACAAAGAGCUGAGAGGGAUGAUCAAACAGGACGUGAUGAGAACCUUUCCUGAGAUGCGUUACUUCCAAGACGAGGCUGUCAGGACCAAGCUGACAGACAUCUUGUUCUGUUACGCCCGAGAGAAUGAACUGCUACUGUAUAAACAGGGAAUGCAUGAGUUGUUAGCUCCUAUCGUGUUUGUCCUGCACUGUGACCAUCAGGCCUUUCAGCACGCCAGCGAGACCGCGUACCCCAGUGAGGAGAUGCUGUCUCUACUGAAUCCUAUGUUCCAUGAGCAUGAUGCCUAUGCCAUGUUCUCCCAGCUGAUGGAGACAGCAGAACCCUGGUUCUCCAGCUUGGAGAGAGAAGUCAGAAGGGGGAAGGACGAGAUGCUGACCAGCAUGCCGUUCGCCCGUCCGCAGGACUCUGGGCCGUCUGUUGCCAUAGUGACCAAAGUGAACCGCAUCCAGGACCAGCUGGUGAAGAAACACGACGUGGAGCUGCACAUGCACGUCAACCGCCUGGAGAUCGCCCCGCAGAUAUACGGCAUUCGCUGGGUGCGUCUGCUGUUUGGCCGUGAGUUCCCCCUGCAGGACCUGUUGGUGGUGUGGGAUGCCCUGUUCGCUGACAGCAUCACUCUAGACCUGGUGGACUAUGUCUUCGUAGCCAUGCUGCUCUACAUCAGAGAUGCCUUGAUAGCGAGUAACUUCCAGACCUGUCUUGGCCUUCUAAUGCACUACCCACCUAUAGGAGACAUCCACACCCUACUACACAAGGCUCUGUUCCUCAGAGAUCCCAAGAACAAUCCUCGGCCAGCCAACUACCAGUUUCAACAGAAUCUGGAUUAUUACAAGACCAGAGGAGCGGACCUGGUCAACAACACCCGUGCCAGUGGCAAGAUGGCUCCUCUCAACAUCAACAAGGUCUCCAGCAGUCUGCUCAGCUUCGGUAGGAAGCUCAUCGCCCCUGCUCUGUCAGGGGGUGGCUCCAGCGGCAUCUCUCCAAUUAAUAGCGAGGUCCUGUCUGCCCCCUCCCCCGUCACUGUGGGUCCUCACCCCCAGGCCGAGCCCUUGUUGUCUGGCCAUGCACCCCUGCAGACGCAGACACCACCCCAUUCCCAGCACCACCGCCUACUCAAGUCUGAGAGUAUGCCUGUCCACCUGAGCAAAGUUUCAGGAGGAGUCUCUCAGGUUCCUGUCCCAGCCCACAUUUUCUCUGACACAAAAGGCCAAAUCUCCAGGACAGCUAGCUCCUCCCCCAGCAUAGAGAGCCUCUCUGGAGGGCGGGGUCACACUACUGCAUCCCCACCCCUUUCUGUCACCAGGGAAAAUGACACCAGCACGUCGUCUCCGCCCCUCUCGGCCACCAGGAAGGAUUCCUUCUUCAACAUCACUCGCUCCCGCUCCCACAGCAAGACCAUGAUGGGCAAGAAAGAGGCUGAGGAGGAGUUGGAGGCCCAGGUGUCCUUCCUGCAGGGUCAGAUCAACGACCUGGAGGCCAUGAGCAAGUACUGUGCCAAAAUGAUGAACACACAUAUUGGUAAGAUCCAGGAGGUGAUCCUACAGGAGCACCUGGAGAAAGAAGACGAGGUGUUGGUGUCACUGGCUGGACUCAAACAGAUCAAGGACAUCCUGAAGGGAGCGCUGCGUUUCAACCAGAGCCUGCUGGAGGCUGAGGAGAACGAGGAGAUCACCAUCGCUGACGACCACUAUGACAUCGCCUCCAAUGCCGCUGCAGCCAUCGUAGAACAGCUCGCCAACUGUCACCAUGACAAACACCCCUUCCAGGCCACACCGCAGCGUGGCGACGGUGAUGGAGAACAGAAGGACCGAGAGGAGGAAGAGCAUGAGCACACGGAGUCAGAGCAACAGGCGUCUCCCCCAGAGUCAUCUCUGUCUGUGGGUUCGGAGGGGAAGAACUGGGACGACUACAUCCUGGUCUCGCAGGACGGAGAGCUGCAGCCCACCGAGAGAGGGGCCGAGAGGACCCCUCCAAUCAGACUGCUCCGUGGCUCGCUCAGGGUGGAGCCGGAGGGCGUGGGGGUGUUCCAGGACCCCCUAAUGGGUGCAGCGUCUGGCUCCUCCAGCCCAGACGAGGGCAGCACUCACAGCAAAGACUAUGACUUCACCAUCGUCAACCCCCAGGACCUGUGAGGGACUAUACUGUACUGAUUUGGGUGGGAGUUACCCCUAACCAGAGAUGUAGGAUCAGUUUAUCAAUCCCCUUAUCCCCACCUUAACCAUUAGGGGGAGAAAUGCAAAACUGACCGUAGAUCAGUCUUUAGGGGGUUACUUCAUCCCAACCUGGAGGAUAUGCUGUUUCACGGGGGCAAACCAAUGUGCCACUGCUGGAUGAAACUUGCACAUGUGGACUGGGCUAUGACAGCCAACCUACUGUCAGGCAGUCGCCAAUACUUUAUCAUUUCCUCUGUCUGUCCUUAUGUCUGACACAUUACCCUCUCUAACCUGAUCUGGAUUCCUUGAAUACUAUAGAUCUCUCCUAUGCCUAUUGCCUGCCCUCCUGUAUGCUUGGGUCUUAGCAGUUAUCCAACCCCACCUCUGACUUUAAUAGGAAUACCCAUUUUGCCACAAGAUGGCACCACUAGACAGUUCACUACAGGCUACCCUCAGGAGCUGGAAUUCAUACUGCAUUUAUCAGUGUGGGGAAUCCUUUCCCUUCUCUCUGUAUGUAGCAGUAAUUGAAGGGUAGGGUAGUACCCUGUUUCUCCAGGUAGGGGAGCUGUCUGUCCAUCUAAUGCCUGUGUCUAAAGAUGACUUGUCUUACCGCCAUUCAUCUCUUCUUUGAUUGGUCUUUAACUGUUCAAGAGAAGUUGCUCCUAACAUAUCUAGGAUCAGACUCCCAAUCGCUAGUCCUUCACCUACCAUUAGGGGGAUUUUAAAAUAUCUGAUUCUGUAUCGGUUGUUAGGGACAACUUCUAACCAGUGCCUGUAAAUCAUUGGCAGAUUACCUGACUCCCUCUUUCUCCUUGACGUUGUUAGAAGCUAUUUUAACCUGCACUGCAUUACAAGGUGAAAGUUUUUGUUUUUUUAAGAAAUUAAUUCAAAUGUAUCUAUGGAAUAAUAACAUAGGUUUCCUUAUUUCCGGUGUCCCUGUAUUUAGUUCUCUUGCUUCCUGUGGUAGCCAAGUAAAGCAUUGCACAUAAGGGAUGUCCCUAUAACCCAGAUUAACUAGACCAAUAAAAGCAUUGCACAUAAGGGAUGUCCCUAUAACCCAGAUUAACUAGACCAAUAAAAGCAUUGCACAUAAGGGAUGUCCCUAUAACCCAGAUGAACUAGACCAAUAAAAGCAUUGCACAUAAGGGAUGUCCCUAUAACCCAGAUUAACUAGACCAAUAAAAGCAUUGCACAUAAGGGAUGUCCCUAUAACCCAGAUUAACUAGACCAAUAAAAGCAUUGCACAUAAGGGAUGUCCCUAUAACCCAGAUUAACUAGACCAAUAAAAGCAUUGCUCAUAAGGGAUGUCCCUAUAACCCAGAUUAACUAGACCAAUAAAAGCAUUGCUCAUAAGGGAUGUCCCUAUAACCCAGAUUAACUAGACCAAUAAAAGCAUUGCACAUAAGGGAUGUCCCUAUAACCCAGAUUAACUAGACCAAUAAAAGCAUUGCUCAUAAGGGAUGUCCCUAUAACCCAGAUUAACUAGACCAAUAAAAGCAUUGCUCAUAAGGGAUGUCCCUAUAACCCAGAUUAACUAGACCAAUAAAAGCAUUGCACAUAAGGGAUGUCCCUAUAACCCAGAUUAACUAGACCAAUAAAAGCAUUGCACAUAAGGGAUGUUCCUAUAACCCAGAUUAACUAGACCAAUAAAAGCAUUGCUCAUAAGGGAUGUCCCUAUAACCCAGAUUAACUAGACCAAUAAAAGCAUUGCUCAUAAGGGAUGUCCCUAUAACCCAGAUUAACUAGACCAAUAAAAGCAUUGCUCUUGCUAAAGUAUGCCUGUGUCGUUGUGGCUUUGUACUGCUUUUCAACAGGACAUUGUAGUCUGUAGCAACAUGCUGAAUUGUGAGUACAACUUAACUCUUCAGCUGUACAAAUUGAAUAGAGCCUGACCUCUUAGUGUGUUUGGUGAGUGUCGGUCAGCAAUCACCAGACUGAUGUGUGUAUGACAUUUGAAAAUGCCAGUUCAAUACUUUGUGGCUUCUCUUUGAUGUCAGGCCCUAGUUGUGUCUCUCUGAUUGCAUGUGUGGCUAUCAAGAGUCCAGGGUCAAAGCUGUGUGAUUUUUGAAAGCACUGUUUUAUGGUAAUAAAGACACAGCCAGAUUAUAAAUUA